AUGUGGCAUGUGCCAAUCGAGUUGCACAACGUUUCGCUGCGCCUCAUGCGUCGCCUGAUGCACUUGCUGCUGUUGCUGCCACCUCAAGUUUGGAGGCAUGUGAAUCUCUUCUACAUGGUCGCAUUAUUCGCGUAUCUCGCUUUCUUCUUCCAUUGGCGAAUUAGUUUUAACUACCAAGUGGUCUACGACAUUCAAGUUGAUUUCUUUUCGCGCUUCAUCGAUGUGUUGAACUUUCUGGCACUCAUCACUUGCCACAUUGCGGUUGCCAUGGAAUUGCUGUGGCGCAAUCGAAGCGAACAGAUCGAACAGCAACUGGAACGCAUGAGAUACAUGCUGCGAGUGCAAUUCGGCCAUCAAGUGAAUCUGCAACGUAUUCAAAGCCAUUGCCGUUGCAUCUAUGGAUCGUUAUUACUGCGCUGCAUUAUUUUGUUGGGCAUGAGCAUCUACAAUAAUUUGGUUACGGACGAAUCGCUGUUGCUCUACUACAACUUUUACUCGGAAAUAGUUUUACUUAUACGCUUCAGCGAAUUCAGUUUGUACUCUGUGCUGAUCAUGGCGUUCUAUCAGGAGCUCAUUGAAGUCAGCUCUGAACUUGUGGAGCAACUACAGAGUUCAGGAUGUGAACUAACAAAUUCUUUAGAACGUUUAUCGACUCUGCGACAACUUCACAGCAUACUCUGGAACACAAUACGUUCGAUUGAGAGAAACUUUGAGCGGAGUCUGAUUAUUGUGAUGCUCAAGUUAUUUGUCGACAUCUUCGUAUUGCCCUAUUGGAUCUUCAUCAAUGUGCAGAGUCAAAGAAAUGCCGCGAUAGUGCAAUAUUGCGCAGUUGAGGAAUUAGUCAAGUUUCUAGAGCUGUCCAUACCCUUUAUGAUCUGGAGCCGCUGUGAGCUGCUGCAGCGAAAAUUUCGCUCCAUACUACACAGCCUCAGUGCCCAUCGAGUUGAUGGCCAACUCAAUGCGUGUCUCUGGCGUCUAUCAGCUCAACUGGGCCAAGAGAGUUGUCAAUUCAGCGCUGGUGGAUUUUUGGUUAUUAAUAAUGAAAUGCUUGGGAAAUUUAUUUUUGGCAUGGCGAGCUACAUUGUCAUUUGCAUACAAUUUCGCAUGUCGAUGCUGGACAAAAGCCCCGCGGCAUUGAACGAGACGCAGACAGUCACUGUUGCCAUCGAUGCUUAG